AGUGAAUCAUGAUCGAAUGAUCUUGUUCCUUUUUCUCUGUUCUUUGGUGUAAAUUUUGAAACAAUGAACUUGAGAAAUCACAACAACGAAGUUGACAGUAGGAGUUUUACCUAUCCGUGGUCUUCUCAGAGAGAAGCUCCAUCGGACACAACUCGAACCCACGCAGCAACAGGAGCCCAAACGGUAUACAUUAAGAGAUUCUCAGAGAGAGCACAUUUUUCAUUGGACGAUUUGGAAUACCCAAGGAAUGGGAUCGAACCUGGCAAGGUAUUGAUAUUCAACCAAGAAGUGUUUGAAGAUUCGGAGUUAGACUAUCGAAGAGGAUCCGUUCGGGAUGUAAAUGAGCUAAUCAUUUGCAUGCAAAGGUUGGGUUUUAAUAUUGAAAAAGGCGACAUCUGUACUGACUAUACUGCGGAAGGAAUCUUUAAAAAGUUGGACGAGGUUAUUGCCGACUCGGAGCACUUGAGCAAUUGCAAUUGCUUAAUACUCUUCUUUUUGAGUCACGGCAAGUCCAGUGAAGAACUUCAUGCCAGUGACUCAACGAUCAAAAUUAGUCAGCUUUGGGAGAAGUUGGCAAAAUGUGAAGAACUUGACGGCAAGCCAAAGAUGUUCGUAAUACAGGCUUGCAAAGGAGACAGCUAUAGCACGAUAAGUGGGACCACUACACUUUCGACGCAACCACCGCCGUCGCCAUUGGUCGAUAUCAGUCAAUUUACUUCGGAGUUUCUUAGUCCGGACAUGCUAGUGGUUUAUGCUACCAUAGAAGGAAACGUGUCGUUCAGAAACCCGUUAACAGGAACCUGGUUUAUUCAAGAGUUGUGUAAGAAUUUCGCAGCAUACGGACGUAGAGACGAUGUCUUGACGAUGCUGAUACGCGUCAACAAGUGCGUGACGGGGAAUUACUACAACUACAAUAAGAAAGUAUCCAGGGAUAUCCAAAAGCAGAUGCCCAUAUUCAUCUCGACCUUGUCAAAGAAGUUUUACCUCAAUCGAAACAAAGACAGAGAUAUGUUGCUGCAGAUAAAAAAGCGGUUGGACAGGAUCGGCAAUGAUACCGCCGAGAUAUUGGAUAUUUUGAAACACAAUAAGAAAGGAAAGAAAUAACUUUGUAACCAAACAAACAUUUGUGCGAAAAUGUUUUAUUUCAAUAAAUUUAUG